UCCAUAAAGUCUGAGCUGAACAGGUUGCUGUAGACUAGAGUCUGGAAAAGCGCGCACAAAGGCUUCAUUGAGUGAGGCUUCAUUCUGCUCUCUUUGACCCUCAGCGCUGCUCGAGCUCCGCGGAGGAACGGAGAGGUGCGCUCCACUAUCACUGACCGAGAAUGAUUAGGAAAGACCACAAAUAAUUGUUCCUCCCUCGUCUGUGAGAUUACACAUCAUCUCUGCAAAGGGAAAUGAAAGAAUUGCGUUUCUCAUUUAUUAACCUGCGGCUUUCGUUACGAGCUCGAAUGCGCGCGCCUGUUUUUCCUCCGUCCUGACUGGUGAUUUGAACUUGUCCUCGGGUAGUUGCUCGGUAAAGUUGGUCGUUUCGAAAGAACGGAAACAUGGAGGAAAGUUUUCUGCAAAAUGUUUUAGGCUUCUACGGUGAAGAAAGCUCCCUGUCCGUGGGAAACCUGGAGUUGUUUCUGCAACUCAUAACCAGUCGGCGCGCGGCGGCAGUGGAAGAUGAAGGCAAUCCGCUGAAGAGCGCGGAGUGCUUGUCAUUAUCAGAGCUGCUGUCUGCCUUUGGGUUGAGUAACGCUUCUGUGGUCAGUGUCAGCAAUCUGGAGAUGAUGUGUCCAGCUAUUCUCAAUCAGGUCCUGAUCCCCGCCUGCCCUUACACUUCUUCAAACCUUAAUGCAUCUGCCUCAAUAUCUGAUCACAAAGUUUGGGGAUACGGGUUCCUGGCUGUGACGGUGAUUAACUUGGCUGCUUUGCUGGGUUUAUUUCUAGUGCCUUUUACUAAAAAGAAAUAUUUUCCAAAAGUUUUGAUGUACUUCAUUGGACUGGCCAUCGGGACACUGUUUUCAAACGCUGUACUCCAACUUAUCCCAGAGGCCCUUGGCUUAGAUCCCAAAGAUGAUAACUAUGUGCUGAACGUAGUAGGCAUUUUUGGUGGGUUUUACAUUUUGUUCGUCACUGAACGGAUUUUAAAGAUGGUACUGAAAACAGAUACAGAGCUCGGACACAGUCAUUUCCCUCCACUGCAGUCAUCUGAUGUCACCAUCAGCACCAUCAGCAAUGACGUUGUCAUAAGCAACAUUAGUGGUGACAUCAUUACAAACAACACCAAUCAUGAACAGAACUCUAUCAGUGAAAAGUCCAACAAUCCAAGUGAGAGUCCAGCGGUUGAGCAGAAUGCGUGUGCGUUAUUUGCAUGUCGCUGGCUGAAGGGUUCUGCGAUGUCUAAUAUAAAGACUGUGGCGUGGAUGAUCACCGUCAGUGAUGCUUUGCAUAACUUCAUAGACGGUCUGGCCAUCGGAGCGUCUUUCACACUGUCUCUCCUCAGCGGCUUCAGCACCUCCAUCGCCAUCUUCUGUGAAGAGUUCCCUCAUGAGCUGGGUGAUUUUGUGAUUCUGUUGAACUCUGGCAUGAGUGUUGGUCAGGCUGCGUUUUUUAAUUUGCUGUCAGCGAUGUGCUGCUAUCUCGGGCUGGCACUGGGCAUCCUGCUGGGCAGUAAUUUUGCUCCAAAUGCUAUCUUUGCCAUUGCUGGUGGAAUGUUCCUCUACAUCUCUCUUGCAGACAUGUUCCCAGAGAUGAACAGUAUCAUGGCAUCACAUACCAAAGACUAUCAGGAAAGAGUCGUGUUCUUCCUCAUCCAAAAUGCUGGACUGCUCACCGGAUUCACUAUAAUUCUGCUUAUCACCCUGUUCGCUGGAGAUAUCAAUCUGCAGUAGAAAGAAAGCCAAGGGAAACAAAGAACAAUUGUUUUCACUUUCAAAAAAACCAAAAACCCUUCAGACACUAUUUUUCUCCCCUAUUUUUAUAUUAAACUUGUGCUGUGUUUGCAGUUGGGAAAAUGUAACACAAUCAAAUGGUCCUGGAAGAUUGAUUUCUGUAAUGUUUUUUUUUUACUGCUGUUGUUGCUCUGCUGUGGCUGUUUGUGUCUGCGAGUUGGCAACAAUAGGCCGCUGUGUGAGCAGGAAUUCCUCAGUACAGCCCGACACCGAGUCUCUAAGCUGCUUUGUAGAACAAAUGUCAAAGCUGCACCUUUUGACUGAGACCGUAUAUCAUGUUUGCAAAGUCCAAGCAUAGCACAUGAAGGUGAAGACUGUUGAUUUGUGCCUUUGUGUCUUUUCUAAAUGCUAUUAUAGAAGGAAGGCUGCACUUUAUUUAAUUACAGUUUAAUUUAACAUUUAAGUAUAAGUAAUAAUUACAUUAAAAAAAAAGGAUUAGGUUUGGUUUAGGGUUAUUUAGAAAUAUACAUCA